CACCUUUUUCUCAAUCUCGCAAUCUUCCCUUCGAGCAGCCUGAAGAGAUUCUCCAUUGCAAAAUGAGCUCACGGCCUCCUCGUCCGUCCGACAUCAACACCACGGCGUCUCCUCCGAGAGCCUCACGGCAGACAGCCUCGUCCAAGCCGAGGGCGGCAGCGGAUGUCACCAUUCCCGGCUUGCCUCACGCCCGAACGUCAGAGGGCAUCACCACUCGCCGGGAGCGAGACACACAACGCGCCACAGGUCGGCACAAGAGAGGCGCCAGUGAGGGCCCUGGGGCGCAUGCCGCCAAUUUGAAAGCGGUGCGAGCACCGCCGCCACCGCCAAAAGGAGAGGGGGCGAAGCUUAGAAAAGUUCUGGGGGAGUGGAUCUUUUUCUCGGAUUUCGACUCGGGCAACGCUGCAGAGGUGGAAGAGAUCAACGGCGAGGUAGACACGUGAGACACGCACACACGAUGGGAGGCUGGUUCACCAUCUGCGGGUCAUUCACUCUUCUGUCUUGCAUGCUGCAGUAUCAUGUGUGGGUGGCACCUGACUGUCUGGGCACGCCUUUCCCCGUCAACCAGGAGCACAAGCAUCACAGCAAGAAAGACGAUGCGGCCAAUGGCGGUGGUGCGCCAGAGGGCGAGAGUGACGACGAUUCCACGGAGAGCGAGCCCACCGCCACUGAGAAAGACGUGAAGGACAAGGACGGCAGUGGGCGGGCGAAGAAGGCGUACACGCCCUUCCACACUUGGUUCUACUUCGGCAUCGAGGGAGGCACAAAGUAAGGGAGACAGACAGACAGACAGAGGGAGCCAUUGAUUGACUGCCUCAAGAGCGUUUUUCGUUCGUAUGUCUGGGCAGAGGCACGUCGAUCGCCUUGGUGAUUCGUCGGUUGAAUCAGCAGGGGCGGCUGUUCCAGCAGGGCAUGAAGCCAGUGGUGCGGUGCGUCCCACAUGCCACCAAGUGGAAGCGCCUGACCACUCCGUGUGUCGGCACGGUAAGCGGAGGCACAGCAACAUUUCAUCGAUCUGUCUUUCCCGCCAUUGCUGGGUGGUUGCAGAACGUGAACGGCGAGUUCAGAGUGUCGUUCCGCCACACGUUUGAGGCAGACGGCGGCUGCACCUACUUCGCCUUUACCUAUCCCUUCAGCUAUGCCGCCAACCAGGUGACCACACAGAAACUACCUGCACGCACAAAACACGAUCUGUCUGCUUUUGGUCAGCUGUACCUGGACUUGCUUGAGCACCAUUUUCGCUCGUCGCCCUUCUCGCCGGCAUGGCACCCAUCAUCACAGCCGCCGUCUCUCGACCCAUGUCCAGCAGUGUCGGGGGGCCACGCCGCCCUACACAAGGCGCACUCGUGCCCCGACGACCCGCUGCUGGCUGCUGUGGAUGAGGAGGUGAUCGAGGAGGACAUUCGCGUCGAGGAUGACAGCACACAUGAUGAGAGAGACAGAGACAGGAAGAGGCCGCCCUCCUCUGUCUGGCAGAAGCUGACGGCGGUCUGGCAGCGACGAAAGAGCACCGAGCCACUGCCGUUGAAGUGUGACGAGGCCGCUGGAGAGAAGCUGCCCGCACCUUCCCUCCCGCCGAUCGGCUCGUCAGCCAAUGUGGCUCCGCGCGUCGUCAAGCGACUCUGUGGAGCCAUGCAGGGCAGCCGAGCGCGCAGCUUUGACCAUCCUCAGCAACCUGACAAGCCAAUCGAAGCAGACAACACAGACAGCUCCCCGAACGCGGCCGCCGAGAAGCUUGUGAUCGAGCCUGCAGGCGAAUUGGAUGCCGAUUUCAAGCAGCGAGACUCAGUCAGGCGGCUGACGUUGAGUGAGUUCGAGCAGCUGACGGGUGUGUCCUUCCAGAACGGCGUCACCUUGUCGACGUGCAGAGACGUGUACUUCGCGCGCCAGCUGCUGUGCCACAGUCUGGAGGGAAGGAGAGUGGAACUCCUGACCAUCACCGCUGCGCCUCAGUCACAGCUGCCAUCGUUUCAGCGCGCGAACACAACCACACAGAUCGGCGUGCCUGCCGUGGAGAACGAGAGAAGUAACAAGCUGGUGCGAGACUCGUCGCGCGAUCGGCUGAGACCUUCGGGAAGGAACAUCAGCAAUCUGCCCGCACACCUCCUCCCCACGGCGGUCAACGCAAACACAAGCAGCAGCAGCGAGAGCAGCGAAGCAAAACGCCCUCCGCGGGAGAGCCCUCUUUGCUUCGACGAGUGCGCUGUGGCAGGAGUGAGGUUGGGUGAGGAGCCGCCCUCUGCUCUGCGGCUGCCUCUUGCCUUCCCUGGCCGCAAGGUCAUCUUCAUAUCGGCGCGGGUGCACCCUGGAGGUAUGCAGCUGCAGAAAGGCAGACUCACCAGUAAGGCGCGUCGAAUGUGUCUGUCGUGAUUUAUCUCGCAGAGACUCCCGGGCAGUUUGUGUGUCUCGGCCUGCUGCACUUCCUCCUGUCCACCGACCCCCGUGCACAGCUCCUCCGUCACUAUUUUGUCUUCAAGUGCGUCCCCAUCAUCAACCCGGAUGGCGUGGCGAGAGGCCACUACCGAGCCAACCUUCGCGGACAGAACUUGAAUCGAUACUAUGACACGCCCCAUCCCCACAACCACGAGGCCAUCGCGCCGAUCCGUCGGCUGCUGGUGCAUUGGGCCACGAAGGGAAUCCCGAUGGACAGAAAGGGCGGCGAUGGCGGAGGUCGGCUGGCCUUCUACAUGGACCUGCACGGCCACGCAACGAAACGCGGGACGUUCGUUCUGGCCAACCACCUGAGCGGAUGGGACCAGAUCUGGAACGUGGCUUUUUCGCGGCUGCUGGGCCUCAACUCGCCUCAUUUCGAGCCUGAUGCGUGCUCGUUCUCGAUGAAAAACAUGAAGAGCAAAGACAACCGCGACGGGCUCUCGAAGGAGGGAUCUGGCAGAGUGGCCGUCUACCGAGCAACCGGACUGUACCACUCCUACACGCUCGAGUGCAAUUACAACGCCGGCAGGUGCACCCACCCCAUCCCGUCUGCACCCGGUGUUGAGCCCCAGCUGCCCCACACGGUCAUCCCUGUCUCCCAGAAGACUCCAGUGCCGUACACAGACGAGGUGUGGGCGCAGAUUGGCCAGGCUAUAUGUGUCUCCGUGCUGGACUUCUACGGCUGGAAUCCCUGCUCGCGGCUGCCGUCGAGCAGGUACCGGUCUCUGAUCGGUACGUGAGCAUGCAGACAGGCAGACUGGCGCAUCCUUCGUGACAGUACUUGUGCAUAUGCUCCAUGCUGACGCAGGUCUUCUCGAUUCGUUCCCGCCCUCGUUCAAGAUCGACUCUCGCAACCUGGCACGCAAUCGCUCCCGCCUUCUGAAGGCCACCCUCCCCGCCAACACCAACAACAGCAGCAUCAACAGCCCACUGGUCCCACCGCCCGACGUCCCUCCGCCCUUCUUCCCUGCCUCUGGCAGCCCACUGCCCCCCAGCAUUCCCUCCGACCUCCCUGCGUGGAUCAAAGUGUCUGAUCAGUUUCUGCCCGACGCGCUGAGCGGCAAGACCAGCAACUGGCCCUACCUCAACACCAACCUGACGCCGCAUGUCCGGCCGCCGCCCGUGUCGGUGGACAAGAGCAGAGGCAGAGACCGGAAGAAAGACGACAGCGAGGGAGACGCAGAGAAGAGUUGUGACGAGGCUGUGACGGCGAGUGAGCUCGAGCCGCCGGCGGCUGUGGAGGCAGGUGGGUGAGGGAGGAGGGCGGAGGGAAGAAACGGUAAAGCGAGCGGCGUUCUAUGCCUUCACUGGACCCACAAUGUCCUUUCUGCAUCGUUCUUCCAUGCAUGAGUCUCAGAGGCAGCUAAGGACGAAGUCACCGUGCCAGAUGACGACAUUGAUGACGAGCCGGAGAUGCCGCAGCAGCCCCCUUCACCCACCGCCAUGCCGCCGUCGGCCAGAAAGAUGCCAGUGGCCAUCAACUCACCCCCGCCAUCACCAAACAAGUCACAGCUGCCUUCACCAAAGCGCCGGCCCGAAAAGCAAGCGCUGUCUCUGCGUGGCCAAGCUGCAGUGGUACAGUGUAGGCACAAUGUAUUACUUGCUUGUUUCUCUGUCGCAGCGUCUCUGUUACAUGCAGAGCCGCGAUCGAUCGGUGGACGCGCCAUCAUCACGCAUUCCGCGGCCUCCAUCAGCCUCGCGCACGAGAAAGGCCGCCGCCACCAAUACCGAGAAGACGGCAAUAUCAUCAUCGCCCGAGAGUGCAAAACUCGAGGAGCGGUUGUCGCGAAGCGGCUGGCAGCGACGACCAGGGUCAAGAGGGAACGACGACAAGGCAAGAGAGGAAAAGACGGUCUCUUCAAGGAGGCUGCCGUCAUUUGAGAGUCAGUCAACGGCUGCGAGUCUCGAGCGAGGGCCGGUGCUGGCCAAGACGACCCCGCCUGCCCCAAAGGCCUCCCUUCUGCCAAAGCCGCAAUUGCCGCAGACAGUCACCAUCCCAUCUUUCGCGCGCCUGCCCAACUCUCGGUCCAUCUCCUCUGGCGAAGACGAACAGCAGCCCCCCGUGCUUCCGUCGCUGCUCAAGCCGCCCACCCUCUAUCCCAGGCGUGCCAACUCCCUGGUGCGGCCUCCUCUGGGACCCCAGAUGAAGCGCAUGAUGGGCGAGGACUGCCGGUCCCGCUCCAACCGUGGUGGGAUUGAGGGCAUUCUCGCUUCAUCGCCGCGGACGAUCAGACGGCUGCUUGACGCGACCAUGAAGGUGGAAGAGGCGGAGGAAUGGGCGACGGACAGCUUCGCUAGUGAGAGCUCUGUUCAUGAGGAUAUGGACGUGCCGGCGGCGGCGGCGACAGAUGAAGGUGGUCAGAGUGAAGCGGCCAAACAGCCUGAGACACAGCCAGCCCCGAUGGAAGACAAGAAAGAGAAGCCCGUGUCUCUCUCGAAGACGGUCAGGAGACCGCCCCCACCCAAGGCAGCCAAUCCCAAGGCACCCAUCCCUCCCCUGCCGCCCCCUCUCACGAAGAGUACACCCGCGCCAACAGCAGCAUCCACAACGGCCUGGCGCAUGCGGUCGUCGCGUCUGUGCACGGGCAGGCGGAAACCCCCCGUACCAACAGCCAAGAAAGACAGCCGCGUCGACGGGGAGCGGCUGUGUCUCUCGCUGCGCUACCCGAAUCAAGACGCGCUGGCGCUGAGGCGGGCCGUCAGGGGCGACACCAAGGGACCAGAGUAUGCGACACAGAGGGCUACUCUCAAUCCAAGCAGAUCGACCGACACGCUCGUGCAGCCGACAGGCCGCUUGUCGCUCAUGAAGCGGGGCAGAAGUUUGGCCAACAUCGACCACCACCCGCAGCCAAUGUCUCAGCCGCAGCAGCAGGGGCUGCCAGCCGGAGUGAGUGAAGCGCUCGAGAGAGAAGAGAAUGAGAUGAUGAUCGCAGCGAUGGCCUCGUUGCGUCAGCAGAAUGGUGUCAUGAUGGCCCCCUAUCCCUUCUAUGCAACCAAUAUUGACGGCAAUUUCAGAAAUGUGCGGGUCAAGAUAUGACAGACAGGGCAUUGACAUGGGGAUUGGGGAACAGAGCGGGCGGUCGAGUUGUUGUUUUCGUGUCUGCGUGUGGGUGGGCGGACAUGCAACGGAUGGAUGGGACUUUUUCUUUAUGUGUCCUCGGUGCAUGCCUGCCUGCUGACGGAUACGCAAUUUGUGCAGGCUGUUCGCAGGACGAUCAUGGUGCAUGGAGUCGAACCAUACCUGACACACACAGGCUGACUGGUAUGCGCUUCCUCUUGGUGUCUGUGGCGUGGAAGCAGACGAAGGUC